UUCGCAAGCGGCACAGUCUACCGGUGAACAUUAACCACUCAACAUUGAUCAACAAACAACAAAUAAUUCACGGCCAAAGUCAUGAAUGUUUUAAUAAAUCUGGUUUAUUGCAGUGUCGUCGUUGUUGUUGUUAUUGUUGCUGUAACAAUAAGUUCGGUGAAAACCCAAGAAUUAUGCCGCAUGCCAAAUAAUUCGCCCGGAAUUUGUGUUCCUUUCAAUCAGUGCAGCUCUGUGAAGAGAUUGCAUGAAAGGUACCAGGGAAAUGUUCCGCAAGCAUUCUAUCCAUACAUCCAGAAAUUGAAAUGUUCGAGGGACAAUGAACCGGUGGUACGCCUUUGUUGCGAACCUGAUACGAUUCUGAGACCCACAACAGCAACAACUCAACCGAGUACGGGAAGUAUCAAUUAUUUAUCAUUAAAUACCAUGCAAGAUUAUCAAAGUCAAUUGAAUGCGGCAGGCUUUAAUAUUCUUAAUGGACAGCGCUGUGGUACAGACAAUGGAAAUCGCAUUGCCGGUGGUAAUGUCACAAUGUUGGCCGAAUUUCCAUGGAUGGCUCUGUUGAAAUAUCGUGGUCCAUCGGGUGAUCAAUUUCGUUGUGGUGGUUCGUUGAUAACCAAUCGUUAUGUGCUGACAGCAGCACAUUGUGUGAACACAGUGGAUCCAGUUAUUGGUGUACGCCUGGGCGAAUAUGAUACAUCAACAGAAGAGGAUUGUAUAAAAUUGGGUCCAAGGUGGAGAUGCAAUCCCCCAGUGGAAGAUAUUGGUAUAGAAAAUAUUGUAGCACAUCCCGAAUAUAGCAAAAGUAAACAUGUCAAUGAUAUUUCCCUCAUCAAGUUGGAUCGAAAUGUUGAAUUCAAGAAACACAUUGAACCCAUAUGUCUACCCAUCUUUUCAAAUUCUGUUCAAACUCAGCCUGAAGAUCAUUUUCUAAUAGCUGGUUGGGGAUUCACUGAAAAGGGCAGUACAUCAAAUGUUCUACUCAAAGCCCCCGUCAAACAGUUACCCGUAUCGACAUGCAGUCAAGAGUAUUCGAUUGAACUCAGUUUAACCCGACACUUGUGUGCCGGCGACGAUGUACUCGGUCGUGAUACAUGCGGUGGUGACAGUGGUGGACCAUUGAUACAAUUUGUCCCCUACAAUGGUAAAAGACGUUUCGUACAGUACGGAGUGGUGGCAUCGGGUCGUUAUGCUUGUAUCCUGAAAACAACAUUGCCUGGUGUCUAUACGAAUGUUAGCAAUUUUAUGCCAUGGAUAACGCACAAUAUUGUUGUUUGGUGUUGUGAACCUGCAACUGUUUGGCGACCAACAACAGCAAUAGUUAAACAAAGAAUGCAAAAUACCGAAAAUUUAUAUUUAAAUCCAAUACCAGAUUAUCAAGGUCUAUUAAACACCGCAGGUUUUGAUGUUCUAUAUCAACAAGAGUGCAGCCCCGACCCUGGAGAUGCUAUUAUCAAUGGCAAUGUUACAAAGUUGGCCGAGUUCCCAUGGAUGGCCCUAUUGAAAUAUGAUGGACCAGUAGGUGAAGAAUUUCAUUGUGCUGGCUCGUUGAUAACGAAUCGCUUUGUAUUGACAGCAGCCCAUUGUGUGAAUACGAUGGAUCCAAUCAUUGGUGUACGACUUGGCGAACAUGACAUUUCAACCGUUGACGACUGCCUGCAAUUGGGCGCCAUUUUCAAAUGCAAUCCACCGGUGGAAGAUUUUCGUAUAGAAAAUAUCAUUUCACAUCCCGAGUAUAGUAGAGAGGAUCAUAUCAACGAUAUUGCCCUGAUCAAAUUGGAUCGCAAGGUUCAAUUUAAAGAGCACAUUAAACCUAUAUGCUUGCCCAUUCAUUUGUAUACACCGACUGAAGAUAAUUUUUUCAUAACCGGUUGGGGUCACACUAAAAAUGGCAAUAAAUCGGAUAUUCUUCUGAAAACACCAGUGAAACAACUACCUCUUUCGACAUGCAGUGAUAAAUAUUCUAUUCAACUCAGCGAUACUCGGCACUUAUGUUUCGGAAAGGAUAUAGGUGGUCAUAACGUAUGCGCCGCAGAUAGUGGUGGACCAUUAAUGCAUUUUGGACCCUACAAAGGUCAAAAACGUUUCAUACAAUAUGGGAUAGUGGCAGCGGGAAGUAAUGCUUGUAGCGCGACGGCAGCUUUGCCUGAUAUUUAUACGAAUGUUAGCUUCUUUAUGCCAUGGAUAACGCAUACUAUUGCUCUGCAAAACGAGUGAAUAACAAGGAUAUGAUAAGACGAACCUUCCAAGGAAUUAUAUGUUAAAAAAGUAUAAAAAACGUAAAAAUGUAAAAAUAAAAAGUAUUGAUCUGUUCCGAAAACCUGAAAUUUUUACGAUAUCAUAAAAGAAAAGUCAAUUAUAGCUGUAAAAAAAAUUUUACAUUCUUGAAUUUCUGGAACAGAGCAUAUGAUAUGGACUUAAACAAUAUAUGUAACAUUAAAUAUAUGACAGAUGGUAGUAUAGGGUCAUAUAAAAAGUUACUUUAUCGACAAAACUAUCAUCUAAUUUUUUUUUAUUUUUAUUCUUGUAUGACCAUAAAAGUACUAAUCCAACUUCGAAAAUUUCUGUAUUGACUCGCUGUAUUGUAAGAUAAAAGUUCCAAAAGAUAUGGCCAUAGUUCAUCCAUGUCCGAGCUUAAUAUUAAAGACUCGGCAUUCCGAAGGUCGAGACAAGCUAAGGUA